GGAGGAUGCCUACAGCUACAUCCUGGAUCUGAACAAAGAGGUUUUUCAACCAUAUAAUCAGCUGAAAAGACAAGUACUCAGCGUCAAAGAAGAAACAGCUGAAGAAAUGAAUGAAGAGUCAAAGAAUCCUGAAAUGUGUGAGAUAUUAAAUGGAAGUGGUGGAUGUAAACUUCAGGAAGGCUCCGUUGUGCAAAAUGCAGAUUUUGAUCUAGAAUCUGAAGUCGGGUCUCAGUCAGUGGUUCACAGGAAGUUUGAUUUGGACCAAAAUGAAAGUAGUUUCAGAGAUAUGACACACAAUAGACCUGUGUUUGACACAGAACCAGAGGAUGAAAGCAGUAGAAAAGAGGAGGAGGAGGAGGAGAGAGUUAGAAACCAGAUGAAUGAUUAUGGCGAGGAAGAGAGUGAGACAGAGGAGGUAGAAAAUGUUAGAUUGGUGACACAUGGAUAUGAUAAAACAGAGGCUCUGGUAGAUGAAGCAGAGAACGCAAAGAUUUUUGAAAUGCCUAGUUGGCACAAAGACGUUGAGAAAGACACUGACAGAGGGCUUUCUGUAAGAUGUAUACAAGUGAGUGAGGAGAGAGUAAUUGACAAAGAGGAAGAGGAAAAUUUGACAGCAUUUGAGGAAGGGCAGGAUAGACAGUUAGGGAAGAGAGUAGGGGAAGAGGGUAAUAUCAAGAGGGAAGAAGGUUCAGGGGUAGGAGUAAAUGAAAAAAUAUUCAUCGAUGAAGUCAAAGGUGUUGGUGCAGCUAGAGGUCACUCAGAAGAAGAAAAUGACAGGAAACACACUGUCCCCAGAAUGGAAGAUUUAACAAAGAACUGCAAAGAUGAAGACACGGAGGAAUACACAGGUGCAGUCGCAAAUUCAAAGGAUUUUGUGGCAGUGGAUGAGAAAGACGAGGGACUGAAGAUUAAGAAACGUAAACUAACUGCCAAGAAGGUAACAACAAUAGACCAUCUGGGUGAAACUACCCCAAAAAAUGACACUGAUGGAGUUGUUAACAUUCGUGCCGGCGAAGACAGUUGGACUUCUGCCUGCAGUGCAACCUCUCAGUCAUUCAGCAGUGAGGAAGGAUUCAUUCAGUCUUUAGCAGCCUCUUGUGACAUAACCCCAUUAGAGCUGGAAAUGCUGUUGGCCCUUUGGAUCCUGUUCUACUGCUGCCUCAUCCUACCUCAAAUGAACCUCUGAGCCCCCCUGCAGUAAACCCUUCUUAUUAAGAUAUGCUUAUUAGCCCAGUUUCCACUAAUGAGCCAAACAGGGACACUUAGGGCUGGGUUGACUCUUUAUCUGUGUCACUAAAUUUCCCUCAAGGCAACAUUUAAUGAUUAUGUUUGCUUCUUGCUUCCAGCAGCUAUAAUUUAUCACUUGGACUGUAUUUUCAGAUAAAUACAUAAUACCGAUCUCUAUUGUUACACAGAUUUUCAGCUGCUCGGUCUUAAACUACACACAUUAUUAACCAUGGUUUGUGAGGUGCUUUUGUCGAAGGCAUAACCAAAAUGCUUUCUUUACAUGAUGUAUUUUAAUAACAGAGAUAAUCCACAUGGUGGCAUUGCAGCAUCACAGCAGCGACUGUCUCACAUUGACUGUCUAUACAGCGUUCCGUCGACUGCUGAGGAAUCCAUAUGACCUGCUGUUUAAUUAGAGGCUGUAUUGACGUGGCGAGAUUAAGCUAAAAAUAUUUAAUGAGCGCUUUGACAUUUCAUAGACUCACUCACUGUGUCACUUGUGGCUUAGAACGUAUACUGUUUCAUUGUCUUCAUCUCAGAUACUGAAUGAGUUAAAGUUGAUCAACAAUUCAGGCUUUUCUCAUUAUAUUUUUAUGAUUAUAAGAUAUAAAUAAUAAAGAAAAUACUGGUUUUAUGUCAUAUAUCUCCCAGUGCUUUCCACAAGAUAGAAUCAGGCAUGUAAAUACUGUAUUUAUAGGGACUGUAGACAUAUUAGGCACAUGUAUAAUGCCUUUGUUGGAGUACCACUGUGUGCACAGCGAAACUAGAGCCAAAUUUAAGUGUGCAUCAGUUGCAUAAGUGUUCAAAAUCCAUGUUGACCAGAGUGUGUAUUAAAGGGGGGAAUGAGUCUGCACUGUCCUUAACUGUCUGCCACAAACACACAUCCACUGCUGGUAAAAUUCUAAGAAUCUGAAAAACAUGCUGCCAUUGUUUGCUUGGAGCUCAACCCAUAGGUCAAAAGCUCAGCCCCAUAGAUCGAUAUACUUUCAACACUACCACCACCCCCGCACCGAGCCAUGAGAACAACACUUCCCCAAAGCUGGAAUUUGGCUGGUCUUGUGUGUGAUCAACCUGCGGCGUCUGUUAAUCAGGCUGAACUAGGAUGGCGAGACAAGAGGCGAUGAUGUCUGUUGUGUAUAGUUUUACAGUGCUAGCAUUGCUAACAGGUUUCAUAGCAGAUGGGUCGGUUGCACCAAAGCCUGAGAAACUCUUUCUGCGAAAGGACCAAGAGGUCAAGCAGCAGCAGCAGCAGCAGCAGCAGCAGCAGCAGCAGCAGCAGCAGCAGCAGCUCAACACAUCAGCCCUAAACACAGCCUUGGCCUUUGACCUUUACCGUGACCUGGCCACCAGAACCACUGCUGAGCCUGAUGUCCAACAGCAGCAACAGCACAACAUCUUAUUCUCACCCUGGGGCCUGGCGUCAGCUCUGGGCCUGCUGUCCCAAGUCUCUGGGUCUGAAAGUCGGAGCCAGGCCCUGAAGACUCUGGGGCUGGCAGCCAACUCCACAGAGCAGAGCGUUGAAGCCACCAUAUCUUCUCUCACAGAUCUGCAGCGUAGCCUCACUCUACAAGAGGGAAGGAGUGGAGGUGGGAUUGGGGCCACGGCAGGGGUGGAACUUGAAAGAGCGAAUGCUGGAAACAGAACUGAGGGAGAUGAUGGGGCAGUGGGUGGGACUGGAAGUGAAGAUGGAGUCUGUGCUGGGGGUCAGUUAAGAGUGUGGAGCAGCCUACAUGUUGAUGGAAAACCUUCAAUAGACUAUGAUAGUUUUUUGUCCAGGCACCCAGGAGCCUCCGCCUUCAACGUCAGCUUUGAGACGCUGAAGAAAGACUUGCAGGCCUCUGACAAACUCAUACUCAACAAUUAUGUGUAUUUCAAAGGUCGUCAGCCAUUCAAUCAGCGCCACACAGUCCCACGAAGCUUCCAGCUGAAUGCCACAACCAGCGUGGAAGUCGCCAUGAUGUUCAGGGACGACUCGUCCGAGGUGAUGAUGCUGUACGACACCAACUGCUCAGCCACAGUAGUGCGGCUGGCCCAUUCAAAACGUCUGGCUUCACUGCUCCUUCUUCCUAAAGCCGAGCUGCAACCCCUCGAGGACUGCCUGUCUGACAGCCGCAUGAGCUUUUGGCUCAGAAACCUGAAGCCCGGGAGGGCAGAAAUACGUUUCCCUAAGUUCCAACUGAGGAAAUCCUACAGUUUAGAAAAGCUCCUGAGGAACUCCGGGGUAUCAUCCGUCUUCUCAGACUCAGCCGACUUCUCUGGACUGUCGUCAAAGAAGAAGCUGCAACUCAUCAAGGCUCCUCAUGUGGUUACGCUGGAGGUGGAAGAGUCCAAGUCGGUAGAUGGGGCGAGACCUGACAUCAUGCUGGACUUCUCCGUCCCCCAGAGAAUUACCUUCGACAGACCGUUCAUGCUCAUAAUGUAUGAGGAACUCACGGGGCUCGUCCUGAUCAUGGGGAGAGUUAUUGAUCCUACAGAUGUCUAGACUUGAGCGAACAUCUCUCACAGUCUCCUUUCUGUCCUCUUUUUGCUUUUGUUAUUGAUAUUAAACUGCAUUCAUUUACAUCA